CCGCCGCCGCCUCGCCUCGCCUCAGCUCGCCUCGGCUCAUCCGGCGCUUCCAUGCCCAGCAGCGAAGCGGUGCCGCUGGGGCUGGGCGCCUGCCGCAGGUCGGGGGCGCUGGGCGGGAUGCUGUCGCUGGUGGCGCGGUUGCUGGAGUGGCUGCGCUCGCUGUUCUGGAAGGAGGAGAUGGAGCUCACGCUGGUGGGGCUGCAGUACUCGGGCAAGACCACGCUGCUCACCGUGCUGGCGUCGGGGCAGUUCACAGAAGAUAUGAUUCCUACAGUGGGCUUCAAUAUGAGAAAAAUAACAAAAGGCAAUGUUACCAUAAAGGUGUGGGACAUUGGAGGACAGCCAAGGUUUCGAAGCAUGUGGGAGCGUUAUUGCAGAGGAGUCAAUGCAGUUGUUUACAUGGUGGAUGCAGCAGACUUAGAAAAAGUAGAAGCUUCAAAGAAUGAGCUUCAUAGUUUGAUAGAUAAACCACAAUUGCAUGGAAUUCCAGUGUUAGUUCUUGGAAAUAAACGAGACCUCCCAGGUGCACUGGAUGAGAAGCAGUUAAUUGAGAAAUUAAACCUUUCAGCUAUUCAAGACAGAGAAAUCUGUUGCUAUUCUAUUUCCUGUAAAGAGAAGGAUAACAUAGACAUAACAUUACAAUGGCUUAUUCAGCACUCCAAAUCAAGAAACUGUUGAAGAAAAUUUUGCUGAAGAUAACUUUUCCCAAUCACUUUGACUCCUAUCAGCUAUACACACUGAAAAGAUAAGGAAUGCAGCUGUCUACUACCAGGACUCACUGUGCUCAUAUUUGUUAAUGGAAGUAAAUCUGACUUGUAACUUGUCUGUCUGUUUUGAUUUUUAUUUUUUUUUUUUUGAAUCCAGAUAUUUGUCUGCUUAGGUGAAAUUCCUGAACGCCUUAAUACAAGACUGGAAGAAAUCAAUAAUUUUUUGAGCUGAAAUGUUUUGAGUUUAUGCAUGCAAAUUGUCAAAUACAUAGUACUUUUUUUUCUAAUUUGAAACUGAAUAAAUUGUGCAGUGGAAACAAAUGACUGGUUUUUUUGAAUGUAGCAUAGAAUUAUUCCCUCUGAAUUAUUAUUAUUAUUAUUAUUAUGACACAGAAUUUCUUCCCUCUUUACACAUGUAGUUAAGUACAUUCAAUCAAUUAAAUCAAUUAGUCAAUUAAAACUAUAAUUAAGAGCUUGUUAUUUGAACAAAAUGCUGAUAUUCAGAACACUUUCACUACUCUGGAGAAAAGUUAUUUACAAAAUUAUAUAUCUGUAGUUACUUAGUUUUCCCAGUCA